CCCCUCACUUUCAUCAGUCAGGCUUUCUAGCUUUCCCAAUAAGUUUCCAAGUCUCAACUUUUCCAAAAAAAUCAAUCGCCACCAUGCAGGUCUUCGCCAUCGUCCUUCUCCUCGUCGCCGGCAGCUUUGCCAACUCCAUCAAGCAAACGAGAGAAACCGGCCCACCGUGUCCCCUUCCCGCCGAAUACAUCGGCACUGAGGGCCCCUUGAACAUCACGCUCCACCCAAUCCUCGAAAUCCACCAGGGCGGAACCCGUGGCGUCUCCACCAUCAACGGUCUCGACACCUUCGCUUACGAAUACACCAUCAACUUGAUCGCCCUCACGGCCGAGUUCACCAUCACCGUUGGAUCCCUCAGCCUUGACACGCUCUACACCGCGACCGGUUACCUUGACGCCAGGCCCUUCUCCCAGGGAUGCAUCCCAUCCGGAAACUUCACCGGUGGCGCUAACGGCCCCGCUCCCGCGACCGCGACCGUCGUCGGACUCCGAGCUGUCGGAACUGCCACCAUUUUCAUCAACUUGAUCACCGACCGCAUCUCGCUCCGUCUUUUGGCCGUGUCUUCCUUCUCCUUCACCACCAUCACGGCCAACCUGAGCGACGACUACGUCAUUGGUGGAUCCCCCAUUGACUGGCCCGCCUUCAAUGCCGGACUCAAGGCUUGCGUCGACUCCGAAUUCGCCUCCAACAAUGCCGCCGUCGUGGAGAAGAUUAGGCUCGCGGUUAAUGAGAAGAUUGCUGAUUAUACUCUCCAAGAUUUCUUGGACCUUAUUGGCGGCGGUGGUUCCACCUGCCCACCACCCACCUUUUAAGUUUCGACCUGAAAGCGGGGGGUAGUUUCUAGGGGGAAAUUUAUUUUGGAGGGGGAGGAAUGAGAUUAUUAUUCUUGAAUUGGUGAAUUCUUUUGAGAAAAUAAAAUCUGUCUAAAUUAUA